AUGGAACAACGAGAGGUAUCACCAAUUCGUGCGGAAAAGCCCAGCAAAUCUAGCGAGCCAAUUCCUUUCGAUGAAUACGCAAAUAUAGCUGCGCAGGAAGGCGAUGGGCGUUUGUUUAAAAUGGAGGUUGAUUAUACUUCUCAGGUUGAUGAAGCUUUGCCUAAAGCUGAUGCAAUUGCCAAAACAGGAAAUGUGGCUGCAGCUUUAGAAUCAUUAUCGGGAUUGGAGAAGCAAACUCGUAUCGGGUCAGAUAUGAAAUCCAACACACGUAUAGUACAGCAUAUGGUGAAGCUAUGCUUCGAAGGUGGAGAUUGGACACUACUCAACGACACAAUUAUGUUGCUUUCAAAAAAACGCUCACUCAUCAAAGUUGCAAUAACCAAAAUGGUACGAGAUUGUUGUGAUAUGAUUGAUCGGACACCAGAUGAGCAGGUCAAACUUAAACUUAUUGAAACCUUACGCACAGUUACUGCAGGAAAGAUUUAUGUUGAAGUUGAACGAGCCCGGCUUACCGGUCGUUUGGUUAAAAAGUUGGAAUCUGAAGGUAAACUUGACGAGGCUGCUACAAUGCUGCUUGAGCUGCAAGUUGAGACAUAUGGUUCUAUGGAGAUGAAAGAGAAAGUCGGCGUAGAAUUUCUUUUGGAACAGAUGCGGCUCUCUGUUACUAGGAAAGAUUUUAUACGUGGUUCGAUAAUAUCUAAAAAGAUUUCCACUAGAUUUUUUGAGGAUAAAGGCGAAGUGAUUCAAGAUCUGAAAUUGAAAUACUAUGAUCUUAUGAUUAAAAUUGGUCUCAGUGAAAACUCUUAUCUAGACGUAUGCGGUUAUUACAGAGCUGUUUAUGAUACUCCACGAAUACAGGCUGAUGCCGAAAAAAUGAAGAGAAUUUUGAAAUGCGUCGUGCUGUAUGUCCUGUUGUCACCUCACACAAAUGAGCAGUGGGAUACUCUGCAUCGAAUACGUGGGAUAAGACAGCUGGAAUUAAUUCCUGAAUAUAAAAUGUUAUUGGAACUAUUUGUAAAUGAAGAAAUAAUAGCGUGGAAGGCAUGUUUUUUGUUUGCUAUUUGUAAACUUGAAACCAUAUUAGCUCAAUAUGAGAAACUGUUGCGAGUUGGGUUACCUACUAGUCGAGCUACUGACGUUUUUGAUUCAAGUGAGAAGGGUCAGGAACGUUGGCGUGAUUUGCAAACGAGAGUAGGAGAGCACAAUAUGCGAAUGAUAGCAAAAUACUACACUCAAAUUACUUUUGACCGCAUGGCUGAACUACUCGACUAUCCUCCUGAUGAAAUGGAAAGUUUUCUAUGCAAUAUGAUUGUAAGCGGUGCGAUACCUGAUGCUAAAAUUCAUAGGCCAAAAAGAAUUGUUAAUUUGAGAGCACGUAAAGCGCAUAUUGAGCAGUUGGACCAGUGGGGAAGUUCGGUUCGGAAGUUAACAGAUAUACUGAAUAAAGUAGCUCAUUUGAUCUCAAAAGAAGAAAUGGUUCAUCGUCACUUGGAAGAACCUCAAGUUUCUGCCUAA